AAGUUUUCUCAAAAGUAACUUCCCAUUUUAUAUACCCACCCUCUCUCACGACAACAUCAUCACUUCAUUAUCACAUGACAGACCAACAUAUAAUGAUGAUUAAGAAAAAAAAUAAAAUUGUUAACAGAAUACGGAAGGAAAAAAAAUAAAAAAAAAACCGGCUUCUCCGCCUAUCGUGCCCAGGUGUGCGCGGCUCUCUUCUCCUCCAUCGGCGACGAGCCACUCCUGCGAUGAGAUGAGAUUGCCCGCAUCGUCGUCGUCGGCGGCGGGGCUGCAGGAGCGCAUCUGGGACCUCCACGACAAUCUCAGCCACGCCAUCCUCUCCCUCUCCGCCUCCGCCCACCGCUGCUGCCGCCGCCGCGCCCCCGAAGGGCGCGUGGUCGUCAAGGGGUGGCGGCGGCAGGGAGGAUGUGGGGACUGCGGCCUGGAGCAGGAGGCGGCUGCGGCGGCCACCAUGGCGGACGCGCGGAGCCUUCACGCCGUCCGCGCCGCGCUCGAGGACCUCGAGGGCCACCUCCAUUUCCUCCACAACAUUCAAUUAUGUCAGGUGGCAGAACGAGAUGCCGCGAUUGCUAGGCUGCAGCAAAGUCGUAUUCUGCUUGCUACAAGAUUGGCUGAACAUAGGUGGAAGAAGCAUGAAGUUAUUGAGGAGGCCUUAGCUUUUGUUGAUGAUGCGCUUGACAAGAGUCGAUUUGUCUCACCAGAAGAUGUCCGUGGGACGCAUACACACAGCCAAUCAGUAGAGAACCAGUGCCCCAAGAUACAUGAUUCAAACUUCUUGGUGCGUUUUUUAUCCUGUACAUUAGCUAUAGCUAAGAAUUCUUUAAGAUUUGAGAGGAUUGGUGGUGCACUCGGUAAUACCGCGAUGUUUGCAGUAAGUAUGCUUGCAUUCUUGCAGCUGCAACAAGUGGCCUUUGGUAAACAAACUCCAGCAGUACAAUGUAGACGAGUCAAUUAUUUUCAUUCUCAGAUGUCUGUAAAGAACACUAAAGAAAAGCAUCUGGUCGUAUUGUUAGCUAGAGGAUGAGGAAAUCAUCAUUGUUUGAUGUAUAGAUAAGUUUUGUUCUGUUCACAUUUCUUGAAAGUUUUGUUAGGACACUAAUCAUUUCACUCCCUUGGAUUGGCUGGUCUACAGCAUAUCUUUGAUAGGAAGUUGUACCACAUGAGUUGUAAAUGGUUUUAGAUUGGCAAUAGAUGAACUGGCAGGGCUUGUAAGCUUGUUUCUUUU